AGGGUCACGUGCAUCGGUUCCCAUUAGCAACCAGAGGCUUCUAAACAACCCGCCACCUCUCUAUCGCCGCCCCCCAUCCUCCGAAGUCCAAGUUCUCUCGGUGACCCCUGGCUUGGGGGGCUGUGCUUGGCUUCUCGCGCUCCUCUAGGCCGUUGAAUCCCGCCCGCCUGCCGCCAUGGCAGAGUUGGGUCUAAAUGAACACCAUCAAAAUGAAGUUAUUAACUAUAUGCGUUUUGCUCGUUCAAAAAGAGGCUUGAGACUCAAAACUGUAGAUUCCUGCUUCCAAGACCUCAAGGAGAGCAGGCUAGUGGAGGAGACUUUCACCAUAGAUGAAGUCUCUGAGGUCCUGAAUGGGUUACAGGCUGUGGUCCAUGGCGAGGUGGAGUCUGAGCUCAUCAACACAGCCUACACCAACGUGCUGCUUCUGCGGCAGCUUUUCUCACAAGCUGAGAAGUGGUACCUCAAGCUCCAGACAGACAUCUCUGAACUUGAAAACAGAGAAUUAUUAGAGCAAGUUGCAGAAUUUGAAAAAGCAGAAUUUAUAUCUUCGAAUAAAAAGCCCAUCAUAGAUAACAUAAGGCCAAAACUUGCUCCACUUAAUGAAGGUGGAGCAGCAGAACUCCUAAACAAGGAAAUUUUAAGACUUCAAGAAGAGAACGAGAAAUUAAAGUCAAGGCUAAAGGCCACUGAAACACAGGCAACAAAUGCAUUGGAUGAGAAGUCAAAGCUAGAAAAAGCACUGCAGGAUUUACAGCUUGAUCAAGGAAAUCAAAAGGAUUUUGUAAAGGCCCAAGACUUGAGUGACUUGGAAAACACAGUUGCUGCUUUAAAGAGUGAAUUUCAGAAGACACUUAAUGACCAGACCGAAAACCAGAAGUCUCUGGAAGAGAAUCUAGCCACGGCCAAACAUGACCUCCUCAGGGUGCAGGAGCAACUGAGCAUGGCUGAAAAGGAGUUAGAGAAGAAAUUCCAACAAACAGCAGCGUAUCGAAACAUGAAAGAGAUUCUUACCAAGAAGAAUGACCAAAUCAAAGACCUGAGGAAAAGACUGGCAAAAUACGAACCUGAAGAUUAAAAACUGAAGAAGAUUUCAUCUGAAGGCUGCCACAGUGUGAAAGUACAAAGCUGUUUCUCACCUCAGGCAUGUAUUUGAAGCAGUUUAUUAUAUUCCCUGUCUUUAUUUUUCUAUGAUUUAGAGUUUGCUUCUAAUAUUUAGAACUAGAGUUCCUAUUUCAGUUAACUAAUUGAGAAGAGAGAAAACUUACCGACGGAUUCUGGCCUCUUGUCUCAAACUCCUCUCUGCCUAGUGCUCCAAAGUCUUAGUUAAACUGCAAUGAGAACUUCAUAGCAAAAAACAGGCUUUUAGAGUGGGAAGAAGAGACUUACUCUUUUGCAUUAGUAUAAAGAGUACACCUUUUCAAUAAAUGUUAAUGCCAGCAUUGUCUGUAGUUGUACAUUCCCCAGAGUAAAAGUAAAUACAGAAUUAUUAAAUAUAAUUACAAAUAAACCUUAUUUUUUAAAAUGAAAUUGAUUUCUCUAUUUAAUCAUCAAAAAUAUAUGAAUUUAUUAAAAAUAUGAAUACCAUCCAUUAUAAGCAUGAUUUUUACCAAUUACAAUGAAAAUUAACAGUGAAUAUGAGGAUUCGAUUAACUCCUUCAGUUUCUCUGGCUCAAAGCUGUGUUUAGCAGAGGAGGGUCAGACAUUUUUUGUAGCACAACUUAUCAUGAGUCUGUAUCAGUGAUGGAAAAGGCAAAGCCAUCCUGUACUUUUACAGUCGAGAAAGGAUCUGGGCUCAGAAUAAAUGUGAUCUUUAUAUUUCAGGUUCCAGAGUAUUCCUUUAUUUUUUAAACUUUUGUAUUUAAAUUUUUUUUUUUUUUUUUUUUUUUUUAAGGGCUGCACCUGCAGCGUAUGGAAGUUCCCAGGCUAUGGGUCGAAUCGGAGCUACAGCUGCUGGCCUACACCAAAGCCACAGCAAUGCGGGAUCCAAGCCGCAUCUGCUACCUAUAUCACAGCUACUUAGCGAGGCCAGGGAUUGAACCUGCAUCCUCAUGGAUCCUAGUCGGAUCAGGUACAGCCCUAGAGAAGACAAAAAGACAAAAAAAUAUAUAAAAAUUAAAAAAUUAAUUAAAUGAGAACACUUUCAAAAAAUUUUAUUCAAUAUAAAAUAAAUUACCAUGUAAACUAGCUAUAAUGGAAAAAAAUCAUUAUAUAAAAAAUUAAAUUACCAGAUCUCAGAUUCAGUUUUAGAGUAUUUAUUUAUUUACAUGCAUUUAUAGGAACUGCAUUUUCAAGAGAAUUUGUAUAUCCAUCAGUCCUGCUUUUUCUUGUAUAAUUUUGAGUAAAUCAUUAGAAAUUAGGAAUCAAAUCUGCAGUGACUAAUACAGCAAUAUACUAUAAGGAUAAACAAUAUACUAUAAGGAUAAAGUCCAUAAAGCAGUAAUGCCUCAGAAAGAAAGGACUUACUUUUUUUUUCUUUUUUCUAUUUUUCUUUUUUUUUGGCCACCCCAUGGUAUAUGGAGUUCCCAGGCCAGGGAUCAGAUCCGAGCCCCAGUUGCCACCUACACCUCAGCUGCAGCAACACCAAAUCCUUUAACCCACUAUGCCAGGCCCGGUUCGAACCUGCAUCCUGGCGCUGCAGAGUGCACCACCAAUCCCAUUGCACCACAGUGGGAACUCCAGGAAGUACUUAAUCUUAACACAUUAUUUAGAAAGUAAUUAUUGCCACUUCCAAAGGCAGAGUAUCACACCCUAAAUGAAUAUUUUAUUCUCCAAGAAGAAUCCUAAUGGGAGGACAAGGCUCAUUAUUUUUAUUCCAGCUUUUAAUACUAGCCUUGAAUUUGAUGUUUUUCUUGUAGGUUUUAAUGUUAAAAUACUGAAGGAACAAAUGAUAAUGGGUAAGAUAAUUUCCCCAAAAAAGGACACAGAGGGGAGUUUUUAAAAGAUGGAUGCAUCAGAGAAGGGAGGGAAAACAUCCACUAACAAGCCAGCACUUACUGUGUAGUUGUCACUUGUCCCUCACUGGGUCAUUCACUGGGUCCUGUGGUUCUGUGUCUUUUAAGCUUGUACUGAGGGGUCCAGUCUCACCCUGGACAGAUCUCUCCAAAAACCAUUCCAUUAUUUAUGGACCAGGUUAUUCUAUGUAAAUUAGAAAUAGAACUAUUGCUUAAAUGGCUUGUGUACCUUGCAAAAAAAAAAAUCUAUUUUCUCAUUAUAUGUGUCUUAGUUUGAUGCCCAUAGGAAAGGAAAUUAUGUUGAGAAAUCUGUGUUGCUGGGUAGUAUUUUGACUUGGUUUUUUUUGGUAGCAAGUUUUAAAUAUUCCAUAUAGCAUAUUCCAAUUCAAUAAUAAAUUCAAAAGUAUGUAUGAAACCUUACAAUGUGACUAUGCCCUGCAUUAAGAUCAACAGAUGUGAUACUCUUUGACAUAAAUCACCAUGAAGAUUUUUGUGCCCUGGUUUUGUCACUGUUUGCAUGUGUGUGUGUGUGUGUGUGUGUGUUUGCAAAACUCAUGUGCAUAUUAAAUGCAGUAUUAAAUGCUGCAUAUCAAAAUGCAGUAUUAAAUUUUUAGUUUUUGAAUAAUUUCCUACUUUUAAAUUUAUUUCAUUUAACUAAGAAAGGAACCCUUUUUAAAAUUGAUCUAUUUUGGGUUUCUAGGAACACUGCCUCAAGCCUUGAUUGAUUUCAGUGUGCUAAGCUGUAUAAACUGUACAUUGUGGCUCUCAUAAUGCAGCUUUAGUUUAGCUUAAAUAUUCAAAGCUUCUCCCAAACUGUGACUCAUGCCCUUUAUUGCCAAAAAUAAAAUAUAAAGGAUUAUGUUAUUA